AUGAUCGAACCCGCUGGUCGCCGCGCGAAUCGACCAGAGCCCCCGAGACAUCUUAUAAAAGUAUUGAUAGAAGAUCACAACUGCAACAAUACUGUGUCAUAUACACCUAUUCCUACUCUCCUCUUCUUCAGCCUCCUUCUAAAGCCAAUAGACCCCUACACACCGACAAUACAAUUACCCCGCCAGCCCACCAUGGACCCCGAAAUGAACAAGCUCCUCAAAUGGAGUGUCGCCAACUCCCAGGCAUCCGUAGGCGCCGAUGGUGAGGGCAGUGCCCCGAAUGUACCGGCAGCUGCAUCAAACCUGACCCCGCAAAUGAUCAACACACUCUUUGGCGGCCCCUCCGAGGCCGACCUGAUGCGAGCCGCGAUGGAGGUCGUGCACGACAAAGAGUCCGACCUGGAGAACAAGUUGAUCGCAUUCGACAACUUCGAGCAGUUGAUUGAGGGAAUUGACAAUGCGAACAAUCUCGUCCCGCUGAACCUAUGGAAGCCGCUUGUUGAGCUGCUUAAGCACGACGAGGCCGAGAUCAGACGUAUGGCGGCCUGGUGUGUGGGAACAGCGGUACAGAACAACCCGCAGGCACAGGAUCAGCUCGUCACCCUAAACGAAAUCCCUACACUCGUCACCCUCGCCACUACAGAGUCCAACCCCGCAACCCGCAAGAAGGCCAUCUAUGCCAUCUCCUCUGCAGUCCGUAACCACCAGCCCGCCUUGGAUGCGCUGAAUAAGAGCCUCCCUGAAGGCUAUCCCACCGACAAGACAGACGCCGCCGACAUGGACGGCAUUGAUGUUAUCAUGGAUAAGCUGCGGUCUCACCCGGUCGAAGCCUCGGCAUGA